AGACAAAAUCCUCAAUCUCAAAACCUCACAACUUCAUCACACCCAGCACAAAAUGGCUCAAGCAUCCAAGACAGUCAAGGCGUUCGCUGCGCUCCAAGCGGGCCAAACCGUGUCGCACUGGGAGUUCCCUGCGCCCGAGCUGACCCCGCACAUGAUUGCCGUCGACGUGACCCACUGCGGCAUCUGCCACUCUGACAUCCACAUGAUGGGCGAUGAAUGGCGAGGCGACACUGGCGGCUCCCCAACCACCUUCCCCUUGGUUCCUGGCCACGAAGUCAUUGGCACCGUUUCCGCGCUGGGAUCCGCCGUCACUGGCUUCAAGGUCGGCCAGCGCGUCGGCUUUGGCGCACAGGGCUCGUCUUGCCAUGAGUGCGCCUUGUGCGCCAAGGGCCAUGAGCACAACUGCACCAAGUUCGGUGGCCUGUACGACCCCAACCACGGUGGCUAUGCCGCCCACAUUCGCGCCGACUCGCGCUUCUGCUUUGCCAUCCCGGACGAGAUCCCCUCGGCCCAUGUUGCGCCCCUCAUGUGCGCCGGCGUGACCGUCUUCACCCCGCUCGCCACCCACCUGCUGCCCCCAGGCUCGCGCGUCGGCAUUGUCGGCAUUGGUGGUCUCGGCCACCUUGCUCUCCAGUUUGCCAACAAGAUGGGCUACCACGUCACUGCCAUCUCCACCUCCCCCUCGAAGGAGGCUGAGGCUCGCUCGCUCGGCGCGCACGCCUUCCUCAACUCGAGCGAUGCCGCUCAAAUGAAGGCCCACGGCAACGCCUUCCCCCUCAUCAUCUACACUGCGUCCGGCAACAUUGACUGGAACGCUUACAUGGGCUUGGUUGCCCCCGAAGGCAAGUUUGUGGUCUGCGGCCUCCCCGAGGCCAAGAUCCAGGUCUCUCCCAUGUACCUCAUCGGCGGCAGCAAGACCAUUGUUGGCAGCCUCGUCGGCGGCACCAAGGCCAUCAAGGAGAUGCUCGCCUUCUCCGCACUGCACGGCGUUCGCCCCAUGAUUGAGGAGGUCGAGGUCGGCCACGGCGCAGACGCCGAUAAGGUCAACGCAGCCCUCACUCGCGUCCGCGAGAACAAGGCCCGCUACCGCUGCGUCAUGAAGUACCGUGUUUAAAACCUGUGUCGCGUUCUUUUUCAGUGUGACGUGUUCAGAGUGUUUAAAUUCACCACGAUACUGUAUAAAUGAAUUUACAUCAAUAUCGCUUUGAUUUGUGUUGCGCCAACAAACCCCAAUAGUACGUCAUAACGAAAAGGUUUGAAUAUAUUGGGAAUCAC